ACGAGGGAGUAGCGUUGCGUACCCAUUGGCUCUCGGUUCGGUUUCGCUCGCUGCGUUAGAGCACACUUUACUUGUGGUAACCCGCCGUACCGGGCCACUUUCCGCUACCUAGCCCCGUUUUUUUUUGUUGUUGUCGUUUCGCAUCAUCCAAACCGUGGUCGGUGGGGCCAGUUCAGGGACAAUAUAUAGAAUUAUUUCCGCGACAGUUUGGUUUUUGUUGUUGCCGUUGCCUGCUUUGUGCUCAGUACACUGAGUAUUACUUAGAACGCUUGGGCGUAAAACUUAUCUCGCUGCUCACUGCAUUGGUCUGGAUGUUGGCGACGUGCCCCCUUAUCCGUGUGGGCCACUACCGCGGGAAGGGUUGACAAAACAAUAAGCGGGCAGGAGAACACAAAGGCAAAGACAUCUCCCCCAUUCGGACCGGUUGUACGUCUGUUUGCAAAUGUGUGAUAUAUGUGGUUGCUCUGGCGUUAACAGCUGAGGACACGGGUGUACAGAGUGGUAUGUGUCAAGUGGAACGACAGACGACGACGACGACGACCACGACAUCGGCGACGAUCUACACUUACCUCGCUCCCUAGCCCUGCUUAGACCAAUAUCAGUUCCGGAAGGGUAGUUCUGGUGCUCUGCUGGUUGCAUUUUGCACUUUAUUUACGCGUCGAACGUGGCCCCGCUGUGUGUGCCUGGAGGCGUGUUAAUUUACUGUGCUGCUGUAUCACAAAUUGAACAAGCCCCGGAGUGCUGCGUGCCAUAUUUGUGUGAAAUCUUCCGCCGAAAAAAAGAAACCCAAACCGCUUCUCCAAGCAGCAGUGUCGUACCAUGGUGCCAUACAGAAGCCAAGCAGGCUGUGAAAAAUCGAUUAAUAUUUAAUCGUGUGUCGGUGUGGUAGUGUGCUCACGUGUGUUUUUGUGUGCAUAAGGGUGUGUGUGUGUGUCAAAAUUUUGACAGAAGCCGGCUAACCGGAAGAUCCCUCCUGUCGAGGUUAACGUUAAAAAGAGGCAGGAAGCAGGAAUAAAAGUCACCGCAGUGAGAAUAGAAACCGCGCAAAAAUGCGCUUCUAAUGUAGUGUGUGAUGUUAGUGAUGAAUUGCAGUUUUAUUUCGCGCGAGUUGUUGGUGGUUUGGCUGAAACUAGCACCCGCAGACCGGCCCCUCGCUGGCACGAACGUGAAUUGACUUGAAUUUGAGUGCAUUUAAGCUGAACGGUUCCUCAGCGGAAGGGAAAAUCGUACCCCGUACGGUUGCUCUUUUCCAGGGCAGGGCUCACCCCUAUUGAAUCCGACCGACCGAAGUUUUUGCCAGGUGUGUGGACGCCUACACACGCACCCGGGGUACGGUGUCUCGCUUCAACAACUCUCCCGCAAACGUGUGGUGCAUUGUGCGUGUUUUGGAAUCAACGAAAGGAAAAGUGCAGUUGGGUUGCGGUUCCCGGAUCAGGCUCGGUACCCCCGGUUUAGUGGAAGGAUCACGGAUCGGACCGGUAUCUACGGUCACAUAUAUACGUCUAGAACACGCUCAAUCAAAGUAGGCAGACCAUCCCCGGCAACAUGGCGACGCUAAUGGAAGGAAUAAUGAUAGCUGCGAUGAAUGUCUUCCUCAACAGCCUGUCGCUGCAGGUGGUGGUGGCCAUGAUCGUCGGUAGCCUGCUGUCCAACACGUUUAAGUAUCAUGCGAAAAUGUUUAUCAUCGUACUAAUGUCAUUUCUGGUGCUGGUCGUUCCGAUACCACUGUUUCUCUUCAAACCUCGCUGGCCACUGAAUGCGCUAAUUCCCGGCAUUGUGGCAUGUGCAUUUAUUCGUCUGUUCGGUGUGGAGUAUGAAAUCCGAGGACAGGAGCAUAUUAACGUUCGUAAUGGUGGUGUUGUGUUGCUCAAUCAUCAAAGUGCAAUCGAUAUAGUGAUGUUAUCGCGAUUGCUGCGAGAGUUCCGCAACAUCGUGCCGGUGGUGAAGAAGGAACUGUUCUACAUGCUCCCGUUCGGCAUCGCGUCCUACCUCGUGGGGGUUGUGUUUAUCGAUCGCAAAAAUACUGCCUCUGCAAAGGAUGUUAUGAAGCGGGAAGCGGUCGCCAUUACCAAAGACCAUCUAAAAUUGGCCAUUUUCCCGGAAGGUACUCGGCACGACAAUGAUACAUUGCUACCGUUUAAGAAGGGCUCAUUUCACGUUGCCGUCGAUUCACAAUCCAUCAUCCAACCGGUGAUCGUGUCCAAGUAUCACUUUCUAGACCACAAACGCAAACGCUUCGGACGGGGUCGUGUGAUCAUUAAGAUUAUGCCUGAAAUCCCAACCAAGGGUAUGACGAAGGCGGAUGUGAACGAGCUGACCGAACGGUGCCAACAGCUGAUGCAGACGGAAUUCGAUGCACUCAGUGCGGAAGCGAAACAAUACUGCCAUAACUGAGAAGACUCGAGGACGACUCUCCCACAAAUAAUGCGUUCGUAUAAUGUAGAACGUAAUACGCAGUAGUGAAGCAAUAUAAGUCAUUGUUGCGGGGACCAGCAAUAGUUGCAGACUAGUUGCAAGAUUCAAGUGCAAAGACGCAAACAAAUCGAACAGCAGAACAACCUUUGGCGCAACACGACGGUGGAUUAGAAGGCGAAGAGACAAUCUGUGAUCAUUUGGUGUCCAUGGUAUACUAUCUGGUCACCAAUUCGUGCUUCGUCGAUAUUAGUAUCUGCAAACAAGAAGAAGAAGAGCAGAAGAGUUAGUAAUAGAUCCGGGACGAAUUAUCAUCCCUCAGAAGACAGGAUUUUUGGCCGUUACUAUCAGACUCGUACCUGGUACCUGAGUACUUUUCUGAGUACGAUAAGCAAUUUCAAUCGACACCAUCUGAAAGAUGUAAACGGCGGAGAUGUAUUCUACGUUAACUAAACGAUCGCAAAGAAAGCACACAUAUAAAAGACAGGAACGUAACAAGCGAAUAUAGGGAUUAGGUAGAGUAGUAGAAACACAUACAUACGUUCGGUGGUUGUGUUGGUGUGCUAAAAGGUUAAACAAUCGUAUGGAGAGAAAGCAAAAUGUGAGGUUAAAAAUUGUAACGUAGACAUAAAACGAUCCUAAUAGGGUGUGAGUGAGAGUUGAGGCACAGGAAAGCUGUAAAAUUGGUAGCGUGUGACACUAACCAGUAGUAAACGAUUUCGAUUUUGGGCUAUGUUUUUGAAACGUGGUAAGAAGAAAUCAUGCAAUUAUUUACUUCGUAGUGUACCGACAACUUUAACCAAAACAAAAAUUAAACUGUGAGGAACUACACGUUCCGCUGUCUAGGACAACGUUGUUUAGGUCGAAAUAAAACGUAUGACUAAUUUUAGGCAACUACAACCGAGGAAGCAUAUCGUGUAGAUUGUUGCAUGUAAAUUCGUCGGGUGUGUUGGUUGAAGAAUGGGCGUCGCAAGGACGAAGUGUA